UUCAUUGCCUCACUUCUCAUUCUUAACGAUUCCUUUUCAGUUCAUUCCAGAUAUCACAGAAACUGAUCAAAAUAUAAAAACAAAAUUUUAAUUGAAGGGAGUGAGAGAUGACACUGUCUCCUUCUCUUUCUCUCCCUAACUUCCAUUCUUCCUUUCUUUGUUGCCCUCUAAAAUCCAAGCCUUCUGCAACAACUUUUAUUCAACCAAAACCCUCUUCUUAUCCACGCAUUAGAGCUCUGGAACUUGAUCAAAACACGGUAGUGGCUAUAAGUGUAGGACUCGUGAGUGUGGCUGUUGGAAUUGGCAUUCCAGUGUUCUACGAAACCCAAAUCGAUAAUGCAGCUAAGAGAGACAACACGCAGCCUUGCUUCCCAUGUAGUGGAUCUGGUGCUCAGAAAUGCAGAUUUUGCUUAGGAUCUGGCAAUGUGACAGUUGAACUUGGUGGGGGUGAAAAUGAGGUGUCUAGAUGCAUAAACUGUGAUGGUGUUGGUUCACUCACAUGCACAACUUGUCAAGGUUCUGGAAUUCAACCUCGUUACCUUGAUCGCAGAGAAUUCAAAGAUGAUGACUGAGGCAAGCUAAGAAUAAUUGGCUCUGAUUUUGGAUCUGAUAUGAGGUUAAUGUACUUAUUUAAUGGGUUUGAUAUGAGUACACACCUAAUGCAAUUGGCAAAAUCAAAACCAUGUUCAUCCUUUGAUUUGUUUACAUUUUAAUCAGUGAUUUGAUAUUAUUAGGCUACUCACUUUUGUUGCCUAUGUGUGUUGAUGUUAUUCUUUUUAUCAUCUUCUAAUUUAAUCCAAACAUUGUACAUCAACACAUUCUAUCAAAAAUUCGUUAUUUCAAUUUCUUUUCAU